AUGAUUUUGUGCCAAUAUCCUAUCGAUCACAAAUAUAGUGGAGGAUGUAUAUGUAAAACAAGAUUAAGUAAAUCUGUAUUGCCCAAUUCAAAAGCCAUAUCUUCAAUAUUGAAAGCUCACAAUGAUUUUAGAGCUAACGUACACCCACCUUCAAAGGCUAUGUUUAAAUUGACGUGGAACAUGGAAGGGGCUCGAAAGGCAGAAACUUUGACGCGAAAAUGCAAAUUUGAACAUGAUUCUCCGGGAAGUAGAGCCAUAUCAAAUUAUGAGACAGGUGGUCAAAAUUUAUUCGAAGGGACAAAAUUAACACCUUGGGUGGAUAUCGUAAAUUCUUGGUACGAUGAGGUGAAAGACUUUAAUUUUGGAAACGAAUAUAGUCGUGGCGUCAUAGGUCAUUAUACCCAGCUAGUAUGGGGAGCCUCAAGAGAAAUAGGGUGUGGUAUGACGGAUUGCGGAGUAUGGAAAAUAUACGCUUGCAAUUAUUAUCCACCAGGCAAUUACGAACGUUCAUGGAUUCCUUAUGCAAUUUCAAAUGUCCGAUCUUGUAAGGGAUGUAAAGUAGGCACUGUAUGCAUUGACAAUGGACCCUACAAAGGCAUUCUAUUAGAAAGAUGUGAUACGUGGUACGAGUAUGAGGAUUCUGUUGAUACAAAAGAAUAUAACUCAAAGAAAAAGGUGUCUUAUAAAGGAAAAACUUCGAAAAAGAAAUAUAAGAAAAAGAAAAGGAAAAAUGCGGGAACUUCUCCCUUAUAUUUCAUAAGGAACGAGUAA